AUGACAGAGGAGGGGCCGGAGUUGCAUCAGUUCUGGAACACGCAGCCUGUGCUGCAGCCAGGCGCCGCUGCGACCCGUUCGGUGGGGCCAAUGGAGCCGGAGAAGUCUGUUGAUGACGUCCCCACCGAGCCCUUGGCAAUUGCCUCAACACUUGAGUGGUGGUCGCCUGACAUGGACAGCGACGAUGAUGUGCGGGCCGUAUACGAGCUGUUGCGCGACAACUACGUGGAGGAUGGGGACAGCAUGUUUCGCUUUAACUACUCGGAGAAUUUUCUGCGCUGGGCACUCGCGCCUCCGGGGUACCACGCAUCCUGGCACGUAGCGGUGCGGCGUAAGCGCGACCAGGCGCUGAUGGGGUUCGUCUCGGGCAUCCCAAUCACAAUGCGCAUGGGCACCCCAAGGGAAUUCCUUCCCCCAAAGAAAGAUACCGAAGACAAGGAGAAGGAGUCAGAGGAGAAGAAGGAGGAUACUAACCAAGACGAGAAACUGUAUCUCGAGCCUCGUGCCAUCUGCGAGAUCAAUUUCCUUUGUGUGCAUAAAUUGUUGCGGGCGAAGCGGUUGGCACCGAUCCUCAUCAAGGAGGUGACACGCCGGGUGCAUCUGAUGAACAUUUGGCAGGCGAUCUAUACGGCUGGUAGGCUGCUGCCGACACCCUUUUCUACGGCGCAGUACUUUCAUCGAGGUCUGAACCUGCAAAAGCUCCUGGAUAUUAAAUUUUGUUCGGUACCGCCACAAUACAACAAGUUUCAAAAUCCGAUUUCCAUGAUGAAGCGUUUCUAUGCAGUCCCCGAAGAGCCCAAGACACGUGGUCUUCGACCUAUGGAGCCGAAAGACGUGCCACAAGUGGCGAAAUUGCUGCGUGAGAAGCUUGCCAAGUGUGACGUUGCCCCUGUAUUUACGGACGAGGAGGUGGCCCACUACACGCUGCCCCGUGAGGGUGUAUUGGUGAGCUACGUGGUAGAGCGUCCUGUCGCUGGUGGCGGUGAUAGACAUGCCGCUAGUCACGACGUGGACAGCAAUAAAGGAAUCCAUAAGCAAAUCACCGACUUCUUUUCAUUCUUUUCACUUCCAUCGUCUGUGAUUGGAAAUAGCAAGCAUUCCAUGCUAUAUGCAGCCUACGUGUUUUACAAUGCAAACACAACACUCUCGCUGGAGCACCUCAUAAGCGACCUCCUGGUUGUGGCGCAUAAUCAGGGCUACGACGUAUGUAAUCUUGUGGAUAUCCAUGACAACGGUGAGUACAUAAAGGAUCUCAAGUUUGCUCGCGGUGAUGGACAGCUGCACUAUUACUUCUACAACUGGGCAUACCCCACGCUGCCGCAGAGUAAAGUGGGUUUGUUUAUGCUGUAG